UAGACCAGGCCUUAAAAUAUCCAUCUGCCUGCUCGCCAAUGGCGAGUGAAAAUUAUGGUGGAGGCGAGUGUGUGUCCCAGGGCCGUCUCGCUGAACAGGCUCGGAGCGCAGGCCGGAUCUGUCAUUGGUACUGGGAACCGUCAGACUGCUCAAUAGCUGAGCGCAGUGAAAGCAAAGGAAGGAGUGUGUGCUGUGUUCUCUGCUUCCCCCUAGACUGCAGUACCCGGCUCUGUGAGUGAACAACGAAGUAUUGCAACUUUUUAUGCGCGCGUGUGUCUGUGUGCAUGUACAUGUGUGUCUGUGUGCAUCUGUGUGUGCAUAUACGUGUGUGUAUGUACAUGUCUGUGUGUAUAUGUGUCUGUGCGUGUAUAUUUCUGUGUAUGUACAUGUAUCUGUGUGUAUGCGUCUGUACGUGCCUGUGUGCGUAUACAUAUGUGUGUGUGUGUGUGUGUACGUACGUGUGUGUACAUAGGUGUCUCUGU